AUGCGUGGCGGUAGACCAAACCUACAGCUUGGUGAAUCAUGGGUCGUAGAAGGCAACCAGGAGGACUAUGAAGAAUAUUUGCCACCCAUCGAAGCAGAUUACGAUCGUCGAACAAGAUCUUCUGUUCCAAGAAGACCUACAAGAGGUAGUAAUAGAUCCCCAGAGCCGGAAUUCGUGAUGCCUUCUCUGGACGCGGAAACUCUAGAAGCUUCCUGGUCUCAGGCUGAGAGCACUAGUAGAAGCCCUCGGCGAUUUCAAGAAUCUCAAAGACGAAACUCGCGACAUGACCAGAACCUUGAAAGCUCAAACAUACGGCUAAGAACCCAACCUACCCAUAACAGAUCCUCUUUGGCUCCUCCAACUGCAAAUUCUCAUUCACCACAUCAUCCAAAUUCUGACGCCAAAGAUAUCAUUGCUACCUUCAUCGAUCAUACAACAAUGGUCUUUGCAUGGGUGCUAGAGAUCCUAGGGGGCGCGCUUAGACUUUUGAGAACGCCUCUAUCUUACUUACUUGCUAUAUGCAUUCUCUCCGGCAUCGGUCUCGUAGCACGAAGCCUGGUUACCACAUCCAUUUACGCAUCAUUAUCUCCCAUUUGUCUGAUCCCAGGGUCAUCUUUGUUGAACUUACCGUUCUGUUCUACUCAUAAUACUGAUUCUAGUAAGGCAAGAGUACCAGUUGAGUUUGAACAAGUUAUGAUGGUUCAAUCUCAGUUCGAAGAUAUACUCAGGGAAAGUGCUGGAGGAGUCUCCCUGCCACUAGAUAUGAAACGUGGAGAGAGCUUUCUUAGAGAUCUUCGUCAACUUGUACGAUACAGUCAAUUAAAGUCGAGGAACGAACUUGUCAUGGAAUUUGAUGGAUUCAUCGAUACUGCAAAAAUUGCAUCAUGGGACCUUACAAAGUUCAAUAGUCAUGUGGGUAGAGCGGUGGAUAGUGUCAUUUCUAUCACACGCUGGACCUCACGAGUUCUUGAUGGUAUUCAAGAACGCGAAACUUCCCGUGGUUUGAUCGGAACAUUUGUCAAUGACAAGCUACUUGCACCCUUCCAGCCUACCAAAUUUUCUGAAAGACUUGUUCUUGAUCAGUAUGUGGAGCAUACUCGAGCUGUGGAAGAAGAAAUCGCUCGUCUGGUUUUGGAAGCGCAAGCUUUAUUGAUGGUUCUAAAUAAUUUAGAAGAUCGUUUGGAGAUUAUUCAUGGAAUUACAGUACGAGACGGCGUUCAAGUACAAGCUAGCAAGGAUGAGACUCUGUCAGAAUUAUGGGCAUGGCUUGGUGGUCAUCGAGGCAAGAUUAACAAACUCAAUGGCCAGCUCAAUUUGUUGAAAGAAAUUGGAGACCGACGUAAAAUUGCUUUAGCACAUGUAUCGGGAACUUUGAUCAAGCUUCAAGAGAUCAGUUCUGGUCUGGAGGACUUGCGAGAAAGGGUGGCCGCACCAGAAUUGCUGCGCGACAGAAUCGACAUACCCUUAUCCGUUCACAUCGAACACAUUCAAACGGGCAUAAAUCGACUGGAAGAGCAGAAACUUAUUACACAAAAAUCAAAGGACGCUAUCAUGGAGAGAGCGAGAAAUCGUCAUGAUAUGGAAGGAAAUCUUAUAGAUGGAUGA